GACAUCCAGACGUGACGUGGCUCUGCCCUGGUAUCCGAGGAUCUGUCAGAAAUAAUUUGGUUUCUCAUUGCCUGUCCUUUAUAUCACUAGCCAGUCUGUAUGCUCAGCUAAGGCCACCUGUAAUAAAUACGUAGGUUGCUAAUCGCUAAAUAUAACAGCAAUGAGCAAAAGAAAAGCGCCUCAAGAAACUUUGAACGAGGGAAUUACGGAUUUCCUUAUAGAACUGGCCAAUUUUGAAAAGAAUGUGAACAGGGCGAUCCAUAAGUAUAAUGCUUACAGGAAAGCUGCCUCGGUUAUUGCCAAAUACCCACAGAAGAUCAAGAGUGGCACAGAGGCGAAGAAACUGGAUGGGGUUGGAGCGAAGAUUGCAGAAAAGAUUGAUGAGUUCCUCGCCACUGGAAAACUGCGGAAGCUGGAAAGGAUUCGCAAUGAUGACACCAGCACUUCGAUCAACUUUCUGACCAGAGUCACAGGCAUUGGCCCUGCAGCUGCUCGUAAAUUUGUGGAAGAUGGGGUGAAGACUCUGGAUGAUCUGAAGAAAAUCCAGCAUAAACUUAAUCAUCACCAACAGAUUGGACUGAAGUACUUUGAGGAUUUUGAGAAGAGAAUUCCUCGAUCUGAAAUGGAAACGAUGGAGGCUCUGAUUCUGAAAGAGCUGAAGGUGGUGGACCCCCUGUAUAUCGGCACCAUCUGUGGAAGCUACAGGAGAGGAGCUCAGUCCAGUGGUGACAUUGACAUCCUGUUGACACAUCCGGACUACACCUCCCAGUCUGAGAAGCAGCCCAAGCUGCUGCAUGCUGUUGUGGAUCAUCUGGAGUCGGUGGGCUUCAUCAUUGACACGCUCUCCAAAGGAGACAGCAAGUACAUGGGAGUAUGUCAGCUGGCGCGUGGAGCGGAAGAGGAGGACUAUCUUCACCGGCGCAUUGACAUCAGGUUGAUUCCUAAGGAUCAGUACUACUGUGGUGUGCUCUACUUCACUGGGAGCGACAUUUUCAACAAGAACAUGAGGACUCGUGCUCUGGAGAAGGGCUUUACUCUCAAUGAGUACACCAUUCGUCCACUAGGGGUCACCGGCAUAGCGGGAGAGCCUUUGCCUGUGGACUCUGAGAAGGACAUCUUCGACUACAUCCUGUGGAAGUACAGGGAGCCCAAAGAGCGCAGCGAGUGAGAGGGAGAGCAGCGGCCUUCAGGGAGACUCAGGAUCUCUCACCGGGCUUCUCUAAUCGCCUUCUCUAAAGCCGCCUUUCCACCGCAUGGUGCCGACUCGACUCGACUCUGCUCGACUUUUUUGGUUUUCCAUCGGGCAAAAGUUGUGGAUAGUACCUGGUACUUUUUUGGUAUCACCUCCUUCGAGGUUCCAAGCGAGCUGAGGCGAUACCAAAGGCGGCGUCGCUAAUGACGAUCAGCUGCAUUGAUGGGGGGACUAUCUGCAGUGGAAAACGAAGAGCCUGGUACCAAAAGCGAGUCGAGUCGAGCCGGUACCAUGCGGUGGAAAAGCGGCUUAACAGGCUUUCUCUGUGUCAGAACAUUUACAUUACAUUACAUUACAUUUACAUUACAUUACCUUACAUUACAUUUACAUUACAUUACAU